AUGUCUGCACCUGCUUUUAUAGCCUUUUAUUAUGUCACCGCGAUUGAAAGUUGGACGUAUAUUAAUAUAAUAGAAUAUUACCGUGCAAAAAUUGAACAAAAGGAUUUAAAACAAAUACUAGAUCGUGUAAAAAAGGAUCUUCAAGUGGUGGCAAAUCCUAAUUCUGAUUUUGACAUGAGGCAACAGGUUCUUGCAACCAGAGAUAAUAUGAUACACAACAUUGAUAAUAGUUGUACAACUUUGAGAAAUCAUCAAGAUGUAGAUAAUAUAGAGGAAAUAAUGGAUACCAAAAGUGCUAAAACUCUGAUGAUGAAAAAGAAAAAUGCUGGGGAAAACUAUAUAAUAGAAGGUGUAAAGGUUCUCAAUGAGGCAAGGUUCAGCAGCUCAGUUAAAGAAUAUUAUUCCCUUGAUUUAUAUCCAAUUGAUGGUGAAAAUGAUGGCAAUGAAAUUGAUGACAAAGGAGAUGAACUUCUGGAACUAAAUGUGUUCACAGAUUUUACCACUGUGGAUAAAUGGAACCUGACUGAAAAUAAGGCUGUUAAUGAGAUAUUUUAA